GCCCGCCCCGGGGCGGUGCCCUGCUCCGCCGCGGUUCCGCCCAGUCCUGCAGUCCGCCGAACCCUCGCUGCCGCCAUGUCUUCCGGAGCCAGCGUGAGCGCCCUGCAGCGCCUGGUGGAGCAGCUCAAGCUGGAGGCGGGCGUGGAGAGGAUCAAGGUCUCUCAGGCAGCUGCAGAGCUGCAGCAGUACUGCAUGCAGAAUGCCUGCAAGGAUGCCCUGCUGGUUGGUGUUCCAGCUGGAAGCAACCCCUUCCGAGAGCCCAGAUCCUGUGCUUUACUCUGAAGUCUGUAGGGAAGACGUUCACUGAGGAAGACCUUCAAGCACAAACUGAUGAAUGACUGACUCCAGUCAAGUCCCAAGAAAGCAGUUUUCUCCAGCCAAAUGACUUCCAGAUAUUUAAGGCCGUCUCUGUGGCCUGCUCCAAUAGCCAAAUUCCACAGAAAUUAGUGAUUUUUUUUUUUAUUCAAAUAAGAAAACCUAAUGAAGGAGUAAAGUUUUCAAUAGUAAAUGGCCUAGUUCUUUUGCUGAAGUAUUUUAUAUAAUGACAAAUAGAAACCAUGCCACCAAAUGUACUAAGAUGCAUCUCUUCCGUAGGUGAGGGACUAGUGUUGCUGUGCCUGGAGUGACAGGUAUGUUUUAUUUACUGGAUGUUUACAUUUUAGGAAGAAAACAUUUGUAUUACAAAAAUUGAGUAUUUGUAAUUUGCUGUUGCUAACAUUUUUAUAUUAUAAUAAAAUUUGUUCUUAAGAAUUUACAGUUACUAAGACAAGAAAGUAUAAAAUUAAGAACAGGCUAAUACCCUGAUUUUCUAAGCAAGAAGUUGCUCAUUUCUAAACGAGAAUAUUGUUUUAUUUUUAACACUAAACUUGGGAGCAGCUUCUUAGGAAACCUGUUUGAAAGGAUUGAUGCUGUCUUGCGUGUUAGGUUGCCCCAUCUUAUAUAUAAAGCAGAUUGGAUUUUUUUUUUAGUUCCUUCUCUUUUGUAAUUGUACUUAUACUUUUAAAAAUAUGCUACAUUAUUUGUUUUCUAAAAAUGUUUAAAAUGUGACCCACAUACAGAACAUUGAAAAUGGUUAAAAGACAAUGUGAAAAUACUACAACCUAAAAAGAAGUCAAGUCACAAGUGUGUUUCGCUUGAGUGAUGUGCCUUUGAUUUAAUUUGGGACACUUUUAGAUGGAAACCUGAUUUGUGUUUGUAAUAACUUUGAAAAGCUUGGAAAUAAAACUUUUGCUUCAUUAUUUUCUAUGA